AUGGGGCCGCGGGGGCUUCCCCUCCUGGUGGCGACUCUGGCCGGCUGCCUGUUUCCUGCCAGGGGUUGUGUCAUUUGCGAUCCAAAGGUCAGGGAGGCGCUAAACUCUUUGGAGAUGGAUUACCUGCCUGGCCACCUGGAGGCCAACCAUCACAAAAAAGUGAUGGAAAAGAUAAAGCAGGCAGUGGAAGAUUUCAAGGACCUGCCGAUUGGCGAGGACUCCUAUAUGGGGGUUGUCGAUGAGGCCACACUAGAAAAGUCAUCCUGGAGUUUGCUGAAGGAUAUGAAACGCAUCACAGAUAGUGAUGCAAAAGGUGAGCUCUUCGUGAAGGAGAUGUUAUGGAUGUUGCACCUGGCAAAGAAUACCUUUGCCAGCUAUGCUGCUCAGUUUCAAAAAGAGGCUUUUUGUCCCAACAAAUGUGGUUUGAUGUUGCAGCCUCUCAUCUGGUGCAGUACCUGCCAGAAGCAGGUUCACGCUUGUCUAAAGUCUAAGAAUUGCGGAGAGCGCGAAGUCAAGGUCCAUCAAAUGGAAGACAUGAUCCUGGACUGUGAGCUCAACUGGCAUAAAAUCUCUCAAGGCCUGACCGAUUACAGCUUUUACAGGGUUUGGAAGAACCAUUCUGAGACCUUGGUGUCCAAGGGGAAGGAGCCCAUCCUGACCAAGACCAUGGUGCGUCCAAAGGAUGCAGGUACCUAUCGCUGCGAGCUGGGUUCCAUAAAAUCCAGUCCAGCCACGAUCAUCUAUUUUCACGUCACAGUAUUGCCCAAAAGAAUCCAGGAGGAGAUACCGUCACCAAACACCGAAACUCAGGAUGAGACGGCCCAAGGAGAGGUGGCUUUGGAUCGCCCCCACUCAACCGUCGAGCCACAGACUCCGAAGCCGGAGCAAGUGCUGAAAAGACGCCUGUUCGGGGUGCUGAUCUGGGGCUUAGUGGUGGUCACAGCCGGCGUUCUAUCCGCGAUCCUUUUCUCUCGGUCUGGCAAAGUGGUCGAUUUCUUAAAGUCCCGGUUCAGCACUGGCAGUCGGACUGUUUAG